UAUAUUGCAAUAACAAAGCACAAAAUGCCUCAUCCUCCUCCUCAUCGUCCUCCUUCUCCUCCUUUCCACCAUUCACCGCCACCAAGAGCACGGCCUCCAGAGCCUCGCCCUCCUCCACCUCCUCCAGGACCUCAGCCACCUCCUCCACCUCCUCCGGGACCUGACCCACCACCUCCACCUCCCGGGGCUACUUGGUUUCCAGGACCUCUAGGGCCACGCCCUCCUAGACCACCAUAUUAGUCGUCAUGAAUGUUUGGUCUAAUUAAGUAUAUAAUUCGAC